UCCCAGCACCAAGCAGAACAAUCCCUCCUCGGGCAGAAACCAGUUUACCAAACUAUAGCCAAGAAGAACGACCUUGCCCAGAUACUGUCCGUCGGAACGAACAAUUUCUCCAUUGACUCAGUCAGUCAUUGUGCUAUAUCUAAUAGGUCAGUGCUGUGUUCCGUCGAAGAAUUCCCCUACACGAAAACAGCAUAGUACUAGUAGCGGACUAGCACUAGUCGACGCUGGAGGCUCAUCGUUUCAGGGAUCCUCAACAGAGAAAGAGAGAGACUUCUCCGACCUGCUCAAUACUGCUGGAACACCGCUAUAUCUAUAGUUAUCCUAUCUCUCUUUCAAGACCAUAUCAGCAACCGAGGAGGGCACAAGGAAUUACCAUAAAUUACAACACAUCAUCACGUCAUCAGUCACAGUCGGCCAGUGUCAGUGGUACGAAGCAUAGACUGUACGUCGGCUGACCGGUCAGCGCGACGACAUCAUGCCAGCGCAGGUGAUGAUCGUGGUGGCCAAACACAACUAUCAGAAGGCUGGUGAGAAUAUCCUCAAGUUCAAACGCGGUGACCUGCUGGAAGUACUGGAGGAGACGAAUGCCAAGUGGUGGGCGGCGAGAAUGGUGAACGACGCUGACUUGGCUGGUUACAUCCCUUCGUCAUAUGUUCAGGCGGCUCAUCCGGACAGUAUAACAGGGUCUACAACACAGCCAAAGGUAUCCUCUUCGGCAUCGGGCUCUUUUCGCCAAAGGUUCUUGGUGUUUGAGAACAGUUCUGCUCCAUCGUAUUCACCACAAGCACCGCGUGCUGACUGGUGUCGGUCCACUCUUCCUGUGAAGUCCAGUCUUUCCUCAUCAUCACUGUCAUCGUCUUCACCUGUCAAGUCUGCCACUAUAGCACGCGACAAUCCAACAGUCACUGUCACCAUGGGAGAUAUUGGCGAGGAAGAAAGAAGUCGCUCUCCAUCUCCUUUGUCUACCGAAAACCAGGACUCUGACACAAUGUCGACUAUCAACCCUGUUGGAGCCUUGACCAAGGAGUUGCGCUUUGAACAAAAGCGAGGUAUCCAGCUUGGUCGGCCGGAGCUGCAGAAAGUGUUUGAUGGUGGUCGUAACGCUGGUGGUCACAUGUCACCCAAGGCAGGCAAACGUUCCAAGCAGCAAGACUCGCAGAUCGACACUAGCUCUGAGCUGGGAAAGAUGCUGGCCAAACAGACGCAGAAGAUCGCAUCGCAUGAGCGUGAAGAAGAAGAAGAGGUCAACAAACCAGAGUUCUUGCGCUUGAAGCUGAAGAAGGCCGAGGCUUCUUCUUGAGGCGCUAUCGAGGCAUUAAGGUAGAGGCAAGCAGUUGUUUAGUAGCACGUUUCCAAAUGCUACGCGCCAUAUAUUGUUGAUAUUUGUAUUGCAGUGUACAUGUGCAUGUCUACACAGCAAUGCCCGAUGCCAGUGUGUGCGUGUGCGCUUGACUGCAGAAAUGCACAGAUUUCUAUCCCCUUGAGAGCGGUGCGCUGCUGCUGUGCUAUUGUUGAUUUGUUUCUUUUACAACUUCCUCCGCUUUUUCGAUACGCGUUGAUAUGUGACUCCCGUUUUUGUUUCUCUUACGGAUGUCGUCACCAGCCUUCUGCUUUCUAAACUUCGUGGGUUCCUGUUCUGGUUCAACUUUUCCGCUGUUUUGCUUUUCGUACCUUUCUUCUCACCGGACUCCUGUCAAAUCAAAUUAUACAACAUAAUUAUAUACCACCCUCAUGGCAUUCAUGCCCUAUAGUUAACCAGCAGUCAGCACACGCGCGCACACAGUGUAGUUUCUGCCUUAGUACUUUGACCCCCCCCCCCCCCCUCUCCCAAACAACAACCAGACAGACGUAGUAGGCUAGUGUGCCAUUGCGCAACAUUGUACAUGUUGUUGCAUGUUUUUGUUGUAGUAGUUGCAAGAACACAGAUUUCAUGCUGUUGUGUUCUCACAGCGCAGUCUCCUUUUCUUAGUUUCAUGUCGUUACUAGUACCACCCGGCAAUUCACAAUCAAUCAAAUUAAUCUCUGUCACAAUGUAACUCUUCCAGCCAUUCUAUUUACUUCACAGUAGCCAAAUUAGCACUUGAUUUAGUAGAUUUGUGCAACAUUCUAGGGUGUCUUCUUCUUGUUUAUCGAUAUACUAUGUGAAUAUUUACGAAUACAUGAGUUUGUUCCAUAUUUCAACACA